GUUCAGGAGAAGGGGUCUAGUUCUUCCGAGGGCGGAGCUGCAGGGUCGGGGGCGGAACUGCGCUCUCUAAAGGGCGGGGCCAAGGAGCCAAGCGAAGGGCUAAGCCUGAGUAAUGGCCCAGGGCGUCCACGCGGGGGCGGUCUCCGUGGUGGCAGAGCCUGGGGACGCGCCAAGCCCCCUUCUCACUGGACUGGUCGGGGUCUGUGCCUGCAGAGACAUGAGGCUGAGCUGGGUCCUGACAGUACUGUCCGUCUGCCUGAGUGCCCUGGCCACGGCCACCGGGGCCGAGGGCAAACGAAAGCUGCAGAUCGGGGUCAAGAAGCGGGUGGAUCACUGUCCCAUCAAAUCGCGCAAGGGAGACGUCUUGCACAUGCACUACACGGGAAAGCUGGAAGAUGGGACGGAGUUUGACAGCAGCCUGCCCCAGAACCAGCCCUUUGUCUUCUCCCUCGGCACAGGCCAGGUCAUCAAGGGCUGGGACCAGGGGCUGCUGGGGAUGUGUGAGGGGGAAAAACGGAAGCUGGUGAUCCCAUCUGAGCUGGGGUAUGGAGAACGGGGAGCUCCCCCAAAGAUCCCAGGUGGUGCAACCCUGGUGUUCGAGGUGGAACUGCUCAAGAUUGAACGUCGCUCAGAACUGUAGCCAGCUGCUGUGGGGGGACAGGGGACGGGUGGGGGG